ACUGCGAAACCAUUGCUCAAGGAUUUAGCAAACUAGAAGAAUUAAAAGUAGUUGAAAAAGAAUUACAAAAAUGCACCAGUGAGCAAGAAUUUAACGCCACUAAAUCAAGACUUGCCAGACAAGCGGAAGAAAUAGAAAGAGGAUUACAAGUCAGAACAGAAAGUAAAUUAAGACCUUUACGAAGUGAACUAAACCGUUUAAAAGGAAACAUAAAUAAUCAGCAAUACAAAUAUUAUGAAGAAAUCAAACUUCUUAAACUAGAACAAAAGCAAAUUGAAAAUCGAAUGAAGGAAAACAAAAGGAAAACUCAAAGUGAAAAAGAUCCAGAUAAAAAAGCACUUCUUUUACAAAUGAUUGAGGAUGAUGGAAAACUUUUAGAAGAUAACUUAAAAAAACAAAAGGCAAUUCCUGCUUCUAACCUAAAUUUUGACCCUGAUAAAUAUGUCUCUGAUUUAAUAGAAGGUAUGAAAGAAGCCAUUGAAAAAGGCGGAAGAGGAAGUGGAUCAGGUUCUGGAAGAAAAGAAGACAAAAAAGAGAAUCCACUUCAAAACCAGCAACAACUAAUUAUUUUUGGCG